UCGACGCGGAACCAAAGUCAUGAUUGAAACAUGUCUGUAUCAAGCAGCUCCUACAAACCUGUGAGCCAUGUCGUUUUCGACAUGGAUGGAUUACUAUUAGACACAGAGCGACUGUACACUGUGUCCUUCCAGGAAAUAUGUGACCGCUUUGGAAAGCAGUACACAUGGGACGUGAAGUCAUCAGUGAUGGGCAAAAAUGCUCUGGAUGCUUGCCGUAUUAUUCGGGACACUAUGGAUCUUCCCAUUACAGCUGAGGAACUCCUCACUGAAAGCAGACAGAUACAAGAAAGGAUCUUUCCUUCUGCCAAACUCAUGCCAGGUGUGGAGAAGCUGGUGCGCCAUCUGCAGAAGCACAACAUCCCCAUUGCAGUGGCAACUAGCUCAGCCGGUGUAACGUUCAAGUUGAAGACAAGCCAACACAAAGACUUCUUCAGUCUGUUUCACCACAUUGUUCUGGGUGAUGAUCCUGAAGUGAGGAACAACAAACCUCAGCCUGACUCCUUCCUGGUCUGUGCCAGCAGAUUCAGCCCUCCCGCUUCUCCAGAGAAGUGCCUGGUGUUUGAAGAUGCUCCCAAUGGUGUGAAGGCGGCGCUGGCUGCGGGAAUGCAGGUGGUGAUGAUUCCCGACGACAACCUGAACCCCAGCCUGACCCAGGAGGCCACGCUGCGACUCAGGAGCAUGGAGGAGUUCGAGCCACAGCUCUUUGGCCUGCCGGCAUUCGACUAACCAGAGACCAAACCCAGAACCACACAGUGUCGCUCAACCUUCCAGUCUCUCUUCAGUCUCAUUCUUUGAAAGAAACAAUUCUGACAGAGUGAGAAAACGUACUGUCUUACUUUGUUAUGGGUGGAUAUUGAUGUUUUUUGUUGGCACCAGUUAAUGGCCUUUUAGUGUUUUCUGUCAAAUGAGAAAUCACAUCAUUGAAAAACCCUUGAAGGCUCCUUCUUGAAAGCUUUGUUGAAAUACAUUUGUCUAAUCAAACUCAUGAACACACACCCACACAAAACACUGUCAAUGCAACACUAUCCCUGUCCAUCCAUCCUGUUGAGGCGGUCUUCUUGAAAUUCCAAAGACACCACUUGUCAGUGUAAUCCACUAAAAAGAGUCCCCCAGUCACCCUCACCCUUUCAUCUCGGCUCAUUUCUACCUCUGCACUUACCGCAAUUCCGCAAUUCCCCAUCCUCUCACCGAGCAGGCUUUAACCGGGGACCUGCUGGAGGAGCAUGGGCUCCCUCAGGCUCCUCAAAUAGGAUUUCACUGCACUCCCAUCCGCCUCCCCUCCAAGCGUUUCCAGCCUUUCAUCCUCAAGGAUGGGGUGACUGCCACAGCUCGUUUUCUGUUCCUGCUCGCCCCCCAUCACUCCGUAGUUUUACAUGUCAUUUGCCCUCUCCUGGCUGGAAGUGUGGUUAAUUUCUUUCUUGUGUGUUUUCCUUUUAAUUCUUACAACAGAGAGACCGUCGCAUUGGAACGCUUGUCUGUAUUCAAAUUGAAGGCUGCAUGAAAAUAAUACCGAAUCAUCCACAUUGUGUUACAUUUUGUCUUCUGUUCAGAUGUGUCAACUCAUCAAUAUCAAAUAAAUCUAUAAUACAAACUCUCUGCAUAAUAAUUGUGCAAUUUCCAUUCAUUUUAAAUUCAUUUUAUU